CCUAAGCCACUACCUAUUCCCCUAGGUUAAAACACGUCCCAACCACGAUCAAUUCAAAUUCAGAUUGGAUGGUGAUCAGUAGACUCCAGACCAUCAAUAUUUGUAUCAUCCCAUCAUUUUACCAAAUCAUCAACCAUCAUGAACUUACAUUUCUCAAAACUUCAAUUCUUAACGAUCGUGGUCUUGAAAUUGACCAUCCAUCAAGUUCAAACUUCAAUCUUAGAUACAUCAAUUCAUCAACAAAUCAGUUUCGGAUCAGAAACACCAAACCAACAAUUCAUCAAAUUCAAGACUGAAAAACCAUUGACAAGAUUACCAAGUUUUCAACAAAUCAUAACAGAAAGUCAACAAAGAUCCAAUUCUAAUCAAUUCUCAUCACUUUCAAUUGAAGAUUACAAUUCAUUAUCAAACCAUUUGGAAAGUUUAAAUCAACCUAGAUUGUUAAGAUGGUCAGAUGGACAUCAAGAAUGGUUAACUGAAGGACAAAAGGCUUUGGUGAUUUGGUUUGAGAAAGGUAGAAGGUUUGUAGAUGUGACAGAUGAAGUCGAGAAUUCGAUUCGAGGAUUUGUGGGCAAAGAUGAUCAAGAAGAUGAGAUUCUUAAGAAUCAUCCAAUCGAAUUUCCUACUGAGAUUUCUUGGGGUAAAACUCAUUUGAAGGAUAUGUUGAAGGAUAUUCAGGUUGCCCGAAUGAAGUCUCGAUUGACUCAGUUUACUCAGUUUAGAACUAGGUAUUAUCGAUCUUCCACUGGUCAAAAAAGUCAAGCUUGGUUACUAAACUUAAUCAAUGAGAUGGUCGCUUUAUCUCCUUCAAACGUCACCGUUUCUGAAUUCAAACAUUCAUGGGGUCAAAAUUCAAUCAUUGCCCGUUUCGAAGCACAUCCCGAAUCGGAUGAGACCAGCUUGGAAAGCUGUCAAACUUUUGUCAUUGGAGCUCAUCAAGAUUCCACGAACCUUUUACCAUUUCUUGCAGCUCCAGGUGCAGAUGAUGAUGGAUCGGGUACCACUUCAAUCUUAGAAGCUUUUAGUGUUUUGUUAUCUCAUGCUUGGUCUCCUAAACCUAAUAAAGGAGCUGUUGAAUUCAUGUGGUUUUCGGCUGAAGAAGGUGGUUUGUUAGGAUCUCAAGAUAUCACUAAAGCUUAUUAUACUCAAGAACGUAAUCUUAGUGGAAUGGUUCAAUUUGAUAUGACUGCAUUCGUCAAACAAGGAACGGUUCCUAAUGUCGGAUUAGUAACUGAUUUUGUUGAUCCAGCUUUAACAGAUUAUCUUCGUUUGAUUAUUGAUGAAUACCUUGAGAUCGGUUGGGUUAAUACUAAAUGUGGUUAUGCUUGUUCUGAUCAUGCAAGUUUUACCAAGAUUGGAGUUCCAAGUGCAUUUGCUAUCGAAUCGACUUUUGAAGAUUCUAAUCAUCGUAUUCAUUCUACAAACGAUCGAUUUGAUUUCCCUGAGUUUAGCUUCGAACAUAUGGCCGAAUUCUCGAAACUUGUGAUUGGUCUAGUGGUAGAAUUAGCUGGAAAAGAUGUAGCUUCCCAUUCAAAGUGAUUGAAGAUUCUUCAUUUUCUUUUGUAGGAUUCAAUUAGUUUCAUCGAUCUUGUAAACUUUAUGGAACUUCAUCGUCUUUUUGGAUUUACAACUUUUCUUAUCUGUCUUUUCAUAUCAUCACUCAAUAGCUUUUGAGCAUCUAUUUUCUCUUUUCCUCUGUUGUCCUUUCUUUUUUCAUAAAGUGUUUGGAUGUUUGACUGUUUUACUUUAAGUAAAUCUUUCUGACUUUGUACAACAAUCUCUAGGUUCUCAAUGCUAAACCUCCAUCAAUUCACUUGUUUUUUUAACAUCAUUGAUAUGGUC